AUGGAAUCGAAGGAUAUGCAGAAUUCCGAGAUCCAGCAUGUUUGUGAGUCUCAAGCUGACACUAAACAUCUUAAUGAAGAACAUAAAACUGAUGAAAGCAGUAAAUUAUCCAGAGAUGCAGGCCGAAUCAAAGAUGAUCAAGAAAGUCUGAAAUUAGAGCAGGUCUCUUCAACUCAGCAUCAAAGGGAGUGAGCACUGCUUAAUUUGAAGACUUGGCAUUAUGCUAAUAAAGCCUUCUUGAGUCAUUUAAAUCUCUAUGGCUCAAGUAGCUAUAUUAAUCUCAACCUUUUAAAGCAUACCCACUUUGGUUUUGUUAAGAAGAUGAAGUCCUUGACUCUACCUUCUCUGGACAGAGUCGAUUUAUUCAAUAUAAAAUUUGAUAGAAAGAACAAAGAUGCAUUUUUCAAAAAAUGAUUUCCGAUCAAAAUUCUAAAUUUUAGAAUCUCAUUAUAUUGACUAACAGAUGCAAGCAAAUUGCUCCUAAGAUUGUCUCGGGUCAGUUAUAAAGUUAUACAACAAAUUGGAUUGGCUACGCUAAUAAUUGAUGAGUCUCAGAUGAGGAAACUCUUCAUGCUUGUCAAACACAUCUUAAGAGUCAAUCUGAGUUUCUGUAAACUUAACUUCACAAAAGUCAUUGAUUUAGAUACAUGCUUAAAAGGAACUGCUAUUGAAGAUCUUCACAUCUUUAGUUGUGGGGGAAAAAUGUUCAGUGACUGGGUGAAUAAACCUGAUAAUUGCUCCAAAUUCAUAGAGAGCCUCUCUAAGUCUGAUUUGAAAAACUCUUUAAAGAAAGUUUUUGUUCAUGAAGCCCAGGUUGAAAGGGAUUUUGCUAGGCAAGCAAUUUUGAAGAGUGAGUUAAAACAUGUCACUUUUAUAAUAAAUUAGAAUCAAUCUUCUAAAA